CGGUGUUACCUGUGCCGUGCGGGGAGCUGUAAACAAGGGGUGCAAGGAUCUGAAGAACUGUCAGGAUGCAGCGGAGCAGAGCGGCUGGAGGCCGCGGCUGCGCUCUCUUGCCACUGCUGGGCAUCUUGAUUUUUCAGGGUGUUCCUAUCGUCAUUUCCCUGGAGAUUAAAGCAGAUGCUCACGUACGAGGUUACAUUGGAGAAAAGAUCAAGUUGAGAUGCACCUUCAAGUCAACCUCUCCAGUUACUGAAAAACUGACCAUAGAUUGGACAUACCGCCCUCCCAGCAGCAGUCGCACAGAGACUAUUUUUCAUUAUCAGUCUUUCCAGUACCCAACCACGGCAGGCACGUUUCGGAAUCGGAUUUCCUGGGCUGGAGAUGUGUACAGAGGCGACGCCUCCAUAAGCAUAAGCAACCCCACCCUGAAGGACAACGGGACAUUCAGCUGUUCUGUGAAGAAUCCCCCAGAUGUGCACCAUAAUAUUCCCCUCACAGAGCUCACAGUCACAGAAAGAGGUUUCGGCACCAUGCUGUCCUCGGUGACCCUGCUUUCCGUCCUUGUCUUCAUCCCGUCCGCCGUGGUGGUGGCCGUGCUGCUGCUGAGAAUGGGGCGGAAGGCGGCGGGGCUGAAGAAGAGGAGCAAGUGUGGCUACAAGAAAUCGUCUAUCGAGGUUUCAGACGACACUGACCAGGAGGAGAAGGACGGGUGCAUGACCAGACUCUGUGUCCGCUGUGCUGAGUGUCUGGAUUCAGACUAUGAGACGUACUGAUGAAAGUCUGGCUGUAAUGAGCAGAGUUGCCUAGUGACAGAAGACAUCCCGUUCCAGGGGCGUGAGGCUGAAGCCUCUGGGGACGGAGCUGGCCUGGACAGUGGAAUGGCAGAUUCCGGACGUCCUCUGGCAAGACUUCAGAAAACAUUUAUUUAUUGAAGAAAUGUUCUUUUUAUAUUUAUGAACUGUUUAGAAACUCUCCAAAGAGACUCAUGACUCCCCCGCCCCCCUUUUUUUGACUUUCUCUUUUAAUAAGUUAUACUCUAAUUGACUGAAGACAUUGUUCCCUUGAACAGAAAGCUUCUUUUAGGUUAACCUUCACUCUUGAAUGUAUAGUGUUUUCAUUUACUUAUUUGAAGGAGAACCGUAAAUGUUUGCCAUGCUGCUGGUGCCAAAAUAAUAUUUUUAACGAAGUGGAGCCUGACACCAUUGUUUUUUGUUUUUUUUUUUUUGGUACUGGCAGUUGAACUCAGGACCUUGUGCUUGCCAGGCAGGCGCUGUGCCAGUGAGCUUCAUCCCUGGCCCCUGACAUCUCUUGAUGAUGUACUACCAGACAAAAUGAUUGUUUGGGAUAGAUGUCCUUUGUUUUGUGCUCCGUGAACAUUUUCAGCUGUGAGUUAGUAUAGUAUCCAUAAACACUCGGUUUAACAGUUCUAAUCCUUAGUUGUAUUUGGGUGACUUGGAGUUCAUAGCACUAUUUUCCUUAGAGUUGGUAGGAUCAGGCAUCACUGGUUUGCUUUGGUUGGUUCUUGUUUUUGUUUUUGAGAUAAGGCCUCACUAUGGAGCCCAGGCUGGCCUUGAACUCAGGCCACCCUCCUGCCUCAGCUUCCUGAUUACCAGGAUUAUAGACCUAUGUCGCUAUACCUGCUUUGAUUGGAUUUUUAAAGUAAUAAAAUGAAGUAUCUAUAUUUUACAAUUAAGGAAAGGAAUUACGAGACAGAAAUUCUUUCCUUUCUCGUGCUAGGUACAAUUUGGGUCAAAGAGUUUUAGUUAUUUUAUUUUCCUAUAGCUGACUAAUUUGUGGUUUCCUUCUUGAUUUGUUUGUUUGUUUGAGACAGGGUGUUGCUACGUAGCCCAGGCUGGCUUUGAACUUACUAUGGCGUCCAGUCUAGCCUUGAAUUUGCUGUUACCCUCCUGUCUCAGGCUCCUGAGCGCUGGGAUUAUCCUUCUUCGUUUUCCAGAGGGAAGAAAAGCUUUCCAAAAGAUUUUUAUUGAGGAUUUAUUGCAUAAUUUGAUAGUUGUUGACAGUCACAUCUUUUAUAUUGUGCUUUACACCUUUUUUAUUUCUAAAAGGUGCCGUUUAUGAAUGAAUUGUGAUAUAGGCAAGCUGCUUUUGCACAGUAUUGGAGGUGAAGAGCUGAGGUUGCGUAUAACCUGUCUGUCUGCCUUCUCUGAGUAACUUUUAGCACAUUCCUCCAUCCUCCGUCAGUCUAUUCCAAAUUUUAAUUUAAACAGGGUUCUCUAUAAACCCUUAAGACGUGUAUCUGAUGUGCCAGAGUUUUCUCUGUGGGGUUCAAAGGUUGUUUUUGUGUUGUAGCAUUUUAUACUAUACAUUAUAAAAUCACUUGUGAUUUCAUUUUCUGCCAGCGUCAUUCAUUUUGUCUCAUGGAUUUGGCCUGACCUUUUGUCCAGAGAUUAGAGAAUCUGGAUAUUGUUACACAUUGUGGUCAUGUAAGGCCAUAAAAAAGGCCAGCAGCUAGGACUGGCAACUUAAAUGUCUAGUGGUUAAGCUGAAUUCUUUGGGCCACUUGGUAACUAUGUGGUUGUCUGCAGCUGACCUAAUGAGACCAUUUCUGACAACUCAACAGAGAAAAUAAAACAGUUUGAGUAACGAAAGUAAAUAAUUUGAGUGUGUGGAGAUUUAAAGACAAAGAUGCAAUUGUGAAGGAGACUUUUUGUGUCUCAUUUUUUUCUUUUUCUUUCUUUCUUUCUUUUUUUGGUUUGUUUUUUGAGACAGGCUCUUGUUAUGUAGCUCAGGCUGGCUUGAACUCACUAUGUAGGCCCGGCUGGCCUCAAACUUGAGGUGAUCCUCCUGCCUCAGCCUCCCAAGUGCUGGGAUUAUAGGCGUGUGCCUCUGCCUGGCAUUAUGCCAUCCCUCCAUUUUGUUUUUCACCCCUUAUAUUGAGGUCCAGGUUACAGUUCUUUUCUCCAAAGAACGCAAAGUAGUGUAUGGACUCCUGCCUUCAAGGAUGGAAGGAAGAUAAAGUACUUUUUGUUUAAUCCAAUAUUUUAAUGUUUCCUAAGGUGCUAUUCUCUUUUUUUCUUUUUGCUGUUCCAGUGCUCUCCCCACACCGCGUGGAGAUCAGAAGGGGUUAGCAGCCCUUCCGAAUGCUUCUUUGAUGCUCAAGUCUUUUCUUGUGACCAAGUUACUUUGUAGUUUUAUGCAUUCCACUCCUAAUUCUGUUAGAAAAUGUAAACUUCUAAAGAGAUUUGUGUUUCCCCUGUGACCUGUUACUUCAAGCCAUUUGGGGAACACAUUUUUCUAAGAUGGGCACUGGUGCUUCCAAAGGGAAAGUUGUAUGUGCUUACUUUAUAGCAGAAUUCUGGAGGCCAAAUCCCCACCUUGAAUAAGCCGCUCAGCUAUGGUUCUAAACAGAUGCUUCAGAACACCCAUAAGGAGGGGCCAAGACUGUUACUAACUGCACAAUUCAAACUGUGUUUCCAAACAGGCAGCCCCGUUCCUUGACUCCAGGGUUGGGCUCUUAACCUCUGCCCACCUCAUUCCUUUGUGUAUGUGUGUGUGUGUGUGGGGGGGGGCGUGUAGCAGGGUUUGCACUGUUCUCCAUGUGUACAGACAUUGUAACUCCAUAUGUUUACUUCAUCAUAGUAAUAAACUUCUUUGUGUCUUC